AUGUUGAUCAUGGUGGGCGAGCUCUCCGCCAUGGUGAUCGAGAAUGUCGUGGGCAUCUCGCAGAAGCUGCCUGGGCAGCAUGAGCCUUUCAUGCAGGUGCUCCUGCGGGUCCUGCGUGCGGAGGUUGCCCAGUUCAGUUGGGGCUUUCACUGCCUCAGCGCGGUGGACUAUGGCUUGCCACAGCAGAGGACGAGAGUCUUUCUCGUCGGCAUCCGCUCAGGCUACGGCGGCGUGCCACAGCCGCUGGGGCCUUUCGGCCGGAGAACUCUUCGGGAGUUCUUGGCACCCGGGCUGCCCCCCGUGGACGUCUCCAAGCUGACGGCCAGCUUGAAGAAGAAUCUGGCCGAUGCUUGGCGGGCGCUGCGGAAGCUGGCCGCUGAGGGCAGCACCGCUUCUGUGGUGUGUUGGCCGCUUGACCGGUCGGAGGGCAUGACGUACCCUCGGAAGUUUUUCUUUGAUGUGGCGCCGACCCUGACGACGGCCAACACCCGCCUCUUCGUCGCCUCCAUGGACGACCUGCACAUGGGGCCGCAGCAGCGUGCCUUCUGGCGCUUCUUGCGGUGCGAGGAGCGGAUGGCUCUGCAAGGCUUCCCGCCGAACACCCUGCAGGGGGAGAGCGACGCUCUGAGGACGAAGGCGUCCGGAAACGCCUACCCGGCGCAGAUCAGCAAGGCGGUGGCUGCGAGCGAUGGACAGUCGUCGGCCGCCGAGCAGUCGGCAACUGUGAAGAAGAGGCCUGCAUCGGCCGUGGCUGCUGGGCCAGUGAAGAAGAAGCCGGCUAAGCGAGCCCUCGAAAAGAGCGGCAUUGGGAAGAAUGAGGAUAAUCUUCGAAAGAUGGUGGAUGGUGUAAUCAGAGAUUUGCUGUCCGCUCCGGACAUGUGCUUUGCGCAAGCCAGCAAACUGCUGGCGCAGAUCACGCAGAGCGGCUUGCGCCAAAACCUGAAGGAACUUCUGGUGGAGGCGCUGCAAAGCAAAGUUUCGGCCGACGCUGCCGGCGAGGCUGCUGAGGAAGUUGCUGCCAAGGCCGAGAAGAACACGAAGAAGCUCCAGAAGUGCAGGCAUCUGGAGAAUUACCUGCUUGAGACGGAGUGGGAGCAGCUUCGUAACCCGAAGCGGUCUUGGGAUGACAAGCUUCGGCUCCUUGCCCGCCGAUACGUGAGCAUCGGCCUGACGUGUCCUUCGGAAAGAACGAGCAAGUAUGCUCUUGUGGUGCUGUUUGUCGCAAACUACAAUGGUGAUGGGGGUAUCAACACCCUCAGCAUCAAUGCGCAGCAGGCCUACAGCUGCUUGCAAGACUUCAAGACGAUGGUGAAAGCUUUUGCAAAGCAAGGCGAGUACUCCAAGCUCCUGCUCUACCCCGCCAGCCCAGCUGACUUGCCACGGGAGCUUUACUUGAAGGCAUACGGGACCGAAACCCCGUCUGCCAGUCCGCUGGCAGACUCAGACCUGGUCCUUGUGGACUCCGCCCUGCCAGCCCGGAAGACGCACAGCAGCGUGGAUCGGGCCAAGACCCCUUUGCGACUCACAGGCCGGGACACGCACCUGCAGGAGGCGAUGUCCCAGCUGUUUCUGCAGUUGUUUGAAGGCAGAUGCAAUGGAGGCUUCUCUGCAGGCUGCAGCGGAGCAGCACUCAAGAUGCUGCAAGGCGCCCGGAACGGUGGUGAAGACAGCCAGGGCGGCAGCGAGACUGCAAGCCCCGACCAGAAGCGCAGCAAGCAAGCUGUGCAGCAGGCGGAGGAGGAGGAAAGCAAGGAGGAAGCCGCCGAGCCGCUUGCUCUGGAGCCGCCCGAAGCGGAAGAAGCCGUGGAUGACAUAACUUUGAAAAUCGCUGAGCAGCUGCAGCAAGGAAAGGACGAGAAGGCCGCAGCCAGGGCGGAAAAGCCUCAGGCGAAAGCCAAAGCAAAAGCCAAGGCAAAAGCCAAGGCAAAAGCCAAAGCAGAAGCCAAAGCCAAAGCUGUUGGAAAAGUAUUGGACUUUCCAGGCACGGAGGCAAGAGAUGCCAUCAGUGUGGGCAACUUUAGGAUCUACACGGCGGUGAAUUCCCAAGCCUACCGAGUGAGGCCGCUGGGAGAAAAGAAAGACAAGGCUUUCAGCUGGAAAGCGACAACUGCCGAGGAGGCUUGGAACCGCGUUGUGUCCUACUUGAAGGAGCAGAAAGCGUGA